AUGAGUGGCGAGAAGCAAGUCGACCCGAAGGUCGCUAAUGCAAGCUCCAGUAGCUCACUCAAUGAGGGCGCUGUUAUCUCUGGCCGAGCUGCAGAUGAGACUCUUGAUCUUAUCGAGAAGCACGGGCAUGAAGUUGGCGAACUUACUCCCGAGAAGAAGAAGAAACUCAAGCGCAAGAUUUACAUCCAUGUUCUUUUGCUUGUUACAUUCAUCGACUUCAUGCUUUAUGUCGAUAAGAGUACCCUGGGCCAAGCUACGCUUCUGGGACUUUUCAAGGAUACGGGCCUCAACAACUCUGAGUAUAACAACUUGAACUCCCUUUUCUAUACUGGUUACAUCAUUGGACAAAUUCCCGGUCAACUACUCAUCCAGAAGCUUCCUCUGCGCACUUUCAUCUCAGGUAUCAUCUUUACAUGGGCCAUCAUCGUCCUCCUCCACUGUGUCGCCCAGAGCUAUGGAGCCUUGAUCCCUCUUCGUUUCUUCCUCGGCUUCGUCGAAUCCGCGGUAAUCCCAGCUCUUGAGAUUACGAUGGCUAUGUUCUUUACGCCCGAGGAGCUCCACCAGGUUCAGCCUCUGUUUUACACUUCUUGCAUCGGCUCGCCUAUGUUCACUGGCCUUGUUUCAUAUGGCUUGCUGUAUAGCAAAGCUAGCACUAGCCCGUGGAAGUUCUUCAUGAUCAUCACUGGCGGUAUAUCGCUUGUCCUCUCGAAGGUCCAUACAAUCCGUCGAAUCCACGAGUCUACUCGCAGCUCGAUCGAGCAGAAGACAUUCAAGAGGCAUCAAUUCAUGGAGUGUUUGAAGGAUCCCAUCUCUUGGCUCUUCGCCUUCUCGGGCUUCACCCUCAUGCUGGCAAAUAACCUCCCAUACCAGCAGAGCUUGCUCUUCCUAGACCUUGGAGUUUCUCCAUUAGGCUCUACCCUUGUUUGGGUCGCCUCUGGAGGCUUUGCCAUCCUUGCAUGCAUCACAGCCUCGCUUCUGAUACGCUUCUUCCCCGGACAUAGCGCUUGGUGGGCGGCACUUUGGUGCGUACCUUGUAUUGCAAGCAGCAUCGGCAUGGUAACUAUUCCAUGGGGUAAUACCAUCCCUAUGCUUGCCUGUCUUCUUCUCCCUCCGAAUUGCUUUGCGCAGACGUGGAUCAUAUCUGUUGGCUGGGUGUCCUCCAGUUGCGCCGGUCAUACAAAGCGUCUUACUCGAAAUGCCAUGUUCAUGGUGCUCUAUGGGAUCUCGAAUAUUAUUUCGCCGCAGCUAUGGAAGACUGGAGGGCCGCGUUACUAUCCUGCUUGGAUUGUCCAAAUCGUGGCUAGUUUCACCUUGACGCCGAUUCUGUUACUCACCAUUCGGUUCAUUCUUUCCAAGAGAAACAAGGAGCGACGGCAGUGGAUUGCUGAACAGGAAGCGCUUGGUAACCAUGGUGAAGGAUAUGUCGAACAGGUUGUAGAUGGUGAGGCUGUCAAGGUCAAGGUGGAUGUUUCCAUGUUGGACUUGACUGAUCUGGAGAAUAAGUACUUUCUUUAUCCACUGUAG